AUGGCUACGCCGCAACCUCCAAUCAGACACGGUUGGACCACGUCCGUGCAGCAAGAGGAUAUUCGCCACGUCUUCCGAAACGAAUUUGGCAUCCCUUAUUAUAGAUUGGAGCUUUUGAGAAUCCGUACCCUGGAGUUCUUCGAUGUCCUGACAACCAGGCGGCACGCCGACAUUGACGAUGAGGACGACGGCUCGUUCCACCACGAGGUUCUCAAAAACGCAAUCGACCUCCUGCAGCGUUUCCACUGUUGCGCUCCCCUGUACCCCAACAUAUACGUGGCCGGAAAACAUCGAAAUCGCAUCAGCAGCUUCUUUGCCAAGGAUGUCUUCUGCAGUGUCUUCUGCGACGACAUCCAGGCUUUCCACAACCUGGAAAACCCGGACGUGUUGACUGAUCUUUUGGAUUUCACCACCGCCAUGAAGCUUCUCUGGGAUGGCAGCCGGUUGGGUGGCUGCAGGCCGCAAGACACUACGUUUUUGGAGGCUUUGCGUGGCGCCACGGAAGCGUGGGCAAUGGCCGGGCACAGGGGCAGGAAAAACAAAGUUUUGUGGGAACUCAUGGGUCUGACAUCGAAGGCCGACUUUGAGAGACGGACUAGACACACAAAGCACGAGUUUUGGUGUCUCGAGGGUCGGAUUGUGGCGGCAACGACUGAGGAACGAGGAGUUGCUUGUUAUGCGACACUCGAGUGGAACGAAGCUUCAGGAAUCAAACAAGGAACCAAAUGAGGGUUCUUGCAGUCAAUUCUGUUGGAGGUAUCUCGUCUGUGUGUG